AUGACCCGUCUAGGACAAACUCAGGUCUUGCAAAACCAAGUUUUGGCCAGAGGGUUGUUUCAGAUUGCUCAAAGUCCGGAUCUUUGCGGGACGGCAAGAAGUUAUCAUGUGGGAUUGAUAGAGGGUCCUCUGAAUAACAAUGGAAAAUUGGGGAGAACUCGUGGCGUGACUCUUAGACUAGCGCAAGAUGCGAUUACGGAGUACUUGCACUUCACUCGAGGCUUGCCCUUCAUGGAUGCAGAGUUUAUAAGUAAGAAUUCCCCUCAGUUCCUCGAUAGACUUCUGCAGAAGGUCGAUGCCCGGAAGGACAUUGGUGCAUCGAUAUCGCGGUUCUUACGCUAUCAUCCUAUAAAUGAAUUCGAGCCAUUUUUUGAGAGUCUGGGUUUGUGUCCGGUAGAUUAUGCUCGGCUUCUUCCGAGAGAGACGAUGUUUUUGAUGGAUGAUCAGCUGUUGUUGGAGAACUAUCAUGUACUUUGUGAAUAUGGGAUUGCACGUGAGAAGAUGGGGAGAAUUUACAAGGAGGCUCCUGAAAUCUUCCGUUAUGAUCGUGGGUUUAUGAUGUUGAAGAUUAGUGCCUAUGAGAAACUGGGGCUUAGUCGGUCUAAUAUGGCUAGGGUUAUUGCCGCUAGUCCGUAUCUUUUGACUGGAGAUGUUGAUAAGGACUUCAUCGAGGUAUUAGAGAAUUUGAAGAAUCUUGGCUUUCAUUUCACAAUGAUUGAAGAGAAUAUAUCUGAAAAGGAUUGUUUUAGAUGGAGUCAGAUUCUUGAGCUUUUCUGUUUCUUUAGAAACAUAGGUUGCAGUGAGGAGCAGUUGAGUGAGCUAAUUAGACACCAUCCAGGAAUUUUCUUUGAAGGUUCAGGGGACAAGACAUUUUCCCUCAUUGGUUAUCUGUUAAAAUUUGGGUCCUCUGUAUGUGAAAUACGGUCAAUGUUUUUGCAGUUUCCAAAUGUCCAAGUUGGAAAGUUUUUGUCAAAUUUGAGAAGGUGUUUUAUGUUCCUCACUGAGAUUGACAUGCCGACUGAAGACAUUAGCAAAAUUUUACGCUCUCAUUCCCCAUGGUUGGGUGAAUGUACUCUGAAGAAACCUAACACCGUAUUUGCUAGGUUAAAUAUUGGAAAAAAGCGGCUUUGUAAAAUCAUCAAGGAUGACCCAACAGAAAUGAAGAAUUGGGUUCUUGGAUCACGAAUUGAGCAACUACCUGAUGUGAGUAAGAAAUUGCUGAAGGUUAAUUUUUUGUUGGGAUUGGGAUUUACUGAUGAUUUAACAAAGAUGAGCGAGGCCGUCAAGUUAUUCAGAGGCAAAGCUGAAGAUCUUCAGGAGAGGUUUGAUUGCCUUGUGAGCGCUGGUUUGGAUCGGAAGGAUGUCAUUAAAAUGCUGACAGUAUGUCCCAAAAUUCUUAACAUGUCAAGGGAUGUGAUUGAGAUGAAAGUGGAUUUUCUCAAGAAUCAUUUGGGUUGCCCCUUGUCAACUUUAGUUAAAUUUCCAGCUUUUAUUGGUUAUAAAAUUCAGAGAAUCAAACUUAGAUAUUCCAUGUAUAAUUGGCUGAAAGACCAAGGUGCAGCUGAUCCUGAGUUGGCCUUAAGUACUUUCAUUGGAUGCUCAGAUAGGAAAUUUGUUAGUCGGUAUGUAAAUCGACAUCCUAGUGGCCCGAAAGUCUGGCAAAAGUUGAAGGAGGAAUUUGUCUAUGCAGAGUGUCUAGUGCAUGCUUCUUGAAUGAGUUUAGCAAGUGGGCAAGCGAGGUGUAUGUUUAUCUUGUAUUCUAGACUAAAGCUAAUUUAUACAUUUCUUCAUUAGUGGCAUGAAGAAUAAGAUGCCAUUUUUUAGGGGCCUUGGCCUCUUCUCUUCCGGUGAAAUCCUCUGUUGAUUCAAAAACUACUCACAAAUUGUCGGCAAUGUUUGAAUUCAAAA